GCAAAAGUGUUAGAAAUGGCGAAGAAAGUGGCGGUGAUCGGCGCGGGUGCGAGCGGGCUGACGGCCAUCAAGUGCUGCCUGGACGAGGGGCUGCAGCCCGUCUGCUUCGAGAAGGGAACCGACAUCGGCGGACUCUGGAACUUCAAGGAAGAAGCCCUGCCCGGAUUCGGCAGUGUUUUUCGCUCCACGGUCACAAUAAACAGUAAGGAGAUGAUAGGCUUCAGUGACUUCCCCAUCCCCAAGGAGUACCCAAACUUCAUGCACCACUCCUGGGUCAUCAAGUACUUCAGACUGUACGCAGACAACUUCGGACUCAGCAAACACAUCAGAUUUCGGCAGAGAGUUGAUAAUGUAAAACCUAGGGAGGACUUUGCAGAAACCGGACAGUGGGACAUCACCUAUACUGAUGAGGAGAAGAAUGAGAGCAAGACUGAAGUGUACGAUGCAGUGAUGGUGUGUACAGGCCACCAUGUGUACCCACAUUACCCCAGGGACAGCUUCCCAGGGAUUGACGACUUCCAGGGGAAGACUAUGCACAGUAUUGACUACAAGGACUUCAGGGGCUACGAGAACAAGCGAGUAAUCGUCAUCGGGAUCGGCAACUCCGGUGGAGACAUCGCCGUGGAACUCAGUCAGCACACUAGUCAGCUUUUCUUAAGUACCAGAAGGGGAGGUUGGAUCGUUCAUCGGAAUUCGUCUCGUGGCCUUCCUACCGACAUCUGGGCCAACCGUCGUUGGGCCGACGCUCUGCCUCUAUGGGUCAAAGAAAGGGUUGCACAGCGUAUCCUGAACCGGCGCUUUGACUACACCGAGUACGGUCUCAAACCUAAGCAUACCGUCUUUGGCCAAUUCCCCACCGUUAACGACGACUUGCCAAACCGCAUCGUCACAGGCUCCAUCAUCGUCAAGCCCAACAUCAAGCGCUUCACCAAGACCGGCGUCAUCUUUGAGAACGACACGGUCGAAGACGACAUCGACGCCGUCAUCUUUGCAACAGGUUACCGCUUCGACUUCCCCUUCAUCGGUGAUUCUGUCAUGAAAGUGGAGAACAACCACGUAAAUCUCUACAAGUACGUCUUCCCUCCCAAUCUGGAACCCCCCACUCUCAGCCUCAUCGGUCUUAUCCAGCCUGUUGGCGCCAUCAUGCCGAUCUCAGAAAUACAGUGCCGCUGGGCCACCAGGGUCUACAAGGGGACCACCAAGCUCCCACCACAAGAGGUGAUGCUUGCGGACAUCAAGAAGAAGAAGCUCAGCAUCUCCAAACGGUACUACCAGUGUUCACGUCAUACCAUCCAGGUUGAGUUCAUCACGGCGUUGGACGACGUCGCCGUAGAGAUCGGAGUCAAGCCAACCUUCGCUCGUCUCUUCUUGUCCGACCCGCGUUUUGCCCUGCAGUGCUACUUCGGGCCGUGCACGCCGUACCAGUACCGCCUAGUGGGGCCUGGGGCUUGGAAGGGCGCUAAGGAGGCGAUCCAGACGCAGUGGGACCGGAUCACGUUUCCGAUCAAGGUACGCGCCACUCCUGACGACGACAAAGCAGGAAUCCCGGGAAUUCUCAAGGCUCUCGUGGUGCUGGUGGUGAUCCUGGCCCUCAUCUGGAACCUCUUGUAAAAUGUCUGAAAUAAUCCACGAUCAAGUCAGUUCUCUACUAAGACUCGUGCCACCCCAUAUAAAGGUGACACAAGGAUGUUGGUGGCUUUUAAGGUUCUGAGGAUUCUGGUAUCUAUCGUGAACGCCUUUCCUUGUUUUAACUCUUUUCAACUUUUUAAAAUUCCAAUGGCCUGUAUUAAGAACGUAGGUUUUUUUUCUUAUUGUUACUAAGUAGCAAACUGUUUUUUAGCCUUUGAUAUGUGUUCUUGAUCU